AUGGCUCCUCCUCAAUUCAUUUUCCAGGUCCGACACGACUACUGGCUGCUUGUGUGGACGUUACUCCUGUCGUUUUGGAGUAAGCGGUGUGCUACAGGAGAUUUGGUGAUUUAUACCUACUCUGGAAACUCUACAAGCGACUCCAGCGCUGUUGUCGACGAUGGCCAUCGACUGACCUACGUAAAGUUGGGCGUUGCCGUUGGCAUGUUCAGCAUCACUGCCGCAGCAUGUACCCUCCCCCUCCUUGUGGUAACUUGUAUCGCACGACGGAUGCGCUCACGCACUUCUUGCAUCGCUUCCGCCUCCUCCAAUGGUCCCAACUCCGGUGACACUAUUACCUGCCGUACCUCGCGGCAGGCGGAGGAUCGAGAGGCAUCAUCUCUGGAUCCGCAAAGUACCGAGUCGGAGGAGUUGCUGCUUACUCGUGGCCCCGAUUCGCAAGUACCAGAGACGCCACAGACACUCAAUCUUAGUACUCCUUCUUUCUACGAAGUUGAGCACCAUGAAGACGCCUCUGUCUUGCGCGAAGACCACCGCCUUCGCUGGAGUGAUGGCGCCAUGGGGAACGGUGUAGAUGGUGAUGGCGUGGCCGGCGUCUUUAACGGUUCUGCGACAUCUAACGGAGGGAUUCCGUCCUCGAUGCCUAUCAAAAGUGUUCGUCGACGUGGCUCUCACAGGCGAAUGCGUGUGAUUCGCAAGUGGGCCAGCCGUAUCAAUUGCUUUGCUGCGGGCAUUUUCCUCUCUACUGGUCUCAUGGAUCUCUUCCCUGAGGUGCAAGAUGCAAUGGCGGUGGCCUUUAGUGCGCUAAAAAUCAAUUCACAAUAUCCCUUCUCAGCUCUCUUUACUCUCCUGGGUUUCUUUAUGGUGCUGUCUGUAGAGCAAUGUGUGCAUAUCUGUCACAGGCAACGCCGUUCUAACUUAUCAUACGAUCGACGCUCUGAUGAGACAUUGGCAGUAGCUCCGCAUCAGCACCACAACCACUCGCACGACCCUGAAACCAUUCUCUUACCUGAUGACUCAGAGGGUGUCCCCUCAACCUUCCGCAUCAUGCUCCUUCUCAUAGCCCUCUCCGUACACUCCAUCUUCGAGGGUCUAGCAGUGGGUCUGCAGCGUAGUGUUUCCGAGGUGCUAACCCUAUUCUCAGCCCUCAUUCUGCACAAAAUCAUCAUGGCUAUCAGCACCGGUGUCUCGCUGGCCACUGCACACAAGGCGCGGGAGGGUGGGAUCCCACGCUCCCAGUGGAUGGGUGCGCUUUUCUUCGCCCUUGCUUCACCUAUCGGUGUACUCAUCGGGUGGGCGUUGAUCGCGCAGCGCUCUUCACCCGCUCUCCUCAUGGCUAUUGCGGUGCUACAGGGCCUCGCAUGCGGCACUUUCUUCUUUGUGGUCUUCUGUGAAAUGCUGCCUCACGAGUUCAGUGUGUCCGAGAUAGACAUGUCAUCGACGGUUCGAGAUAGAAUUGGCAAGAUCCUCUCCCUGGUGCUUGGUUUUGCACUCAUUGCUACCUACAUUGCUCUUGAACCGGAAUGA